AUGGCAGUCAACGAGAUAUACCAGUACUCCAUCAUUUCGGCCCUGAUGGACGGCAUCGCCUCCACCGGCCUACCCGUCUCAAAACUCAUCACACAUGGAGACCACGGCCUUGGCACGUUCCGCCACAUGUUUGGCGAGAUGAUCAUCCUCGACGGGAAGCUGUACCAGAUGAAAUCCGACGGCACCGUCAGCGAAGUCGACACCGGCCCCUCAAGUGAAGCCGUCUCGCCCUUCGCCAUGGUCACGCGGUUCCGGCCCACGACGACCAUCAAGGCGAGCUUCGACGACAAGAAGGGCCUGUUCGAGCACCUCUCGCACGACUUCCCGGACUCCAAGAACUUCUUCCUGGCGAUCCGCAUCGAGGGCGUCUUCAAGAACGUGACGACGCGCACGGCGGGCGGACAGAGCAAGCCCGGGGAGAGCAUGGUGGUGGUCGGGGCGAACCAGGCGUCGCACACGUUCGCGGAGCCGAUCCGCGGGACGGUCGUCGGCUUCAGGUCGCCGCAGUACGCGCACGGCAUCAACGUCGCCGGCGAUCACCUGCAUUUCAUCACCGAGGACCGUAAGCAGGGCGGCCACAUCUUGGCCCUGGGGACGGACGGCGAGGUGGAGAUUAGUGCGGCGCAGAUCUCGGAAUGGCGGAUUGAGCUGCCCACGAAUGACCCGGAGUUCAACAAGGCGAAGCUGGAGAUGGAUUCAGAGGGAAUCAAUAAGGUCGAGGGCUGA